AUGAUGGAGGAUCACGCCACUGGCCAGGAGAAGCACAUCCCAUCAGGCUAUCCCCUUCAGAUACCAGUCGAUGAUGGAUCGGAUGAGCCUGUUUCUGAAACAUCUGACGCUAAGAGCACCCCAACUACGGAAGAUGCCACAGCACCUUUAGUGGAGGAAGGAGACCACGAGGAUCAGGGUGGUGUCGAACAGCACGGGGAGAUCCCAGAAGGAACCACAGCCGAAGAAGCGGGCGUAGGAGCCACCCCCAACCUGGAGGACCACGCUGCAGGAGAUGCUGCUCAAGGGGAGCCCAGCUCUCCAAAGCUGCAGCCUGGCCCUCAGGAGCAUGUGGGAGAUGCAGUAAAAAGAGAAAGCCAGCCCACAAAGCAGGUAGCCGGGGUUCUUCAGCAGCCUCUUCUGCCACACGAAGCAAAGGCUCCGCCAGCAGCUCCCAUCCGAAUCGAGGUCACCAUCCCGAUACCCCUGGACAUGUACCAAAACUCCCGAGCACCUGAAGAUGACGAUGAGUUGUGGGAACGUCGAGGCAGAGAAGGCAGUGGCGGGGAUCCAGUGCUGGGAACAGAGCUGGGUCCUGGCGUGAGUGCUGAGGGGUUGGCAGGAGCAGGUGGCACAGAUGACUCCCUUGUUCGAGAUGGGCAAUCUCCUUCAUAUACCAGAGCCCCAAUAAAAGAAGACACCGGUGGGCAGGAGAGAGAUGAGGACCGUGAUAUUGAUGAAACUUCUGCAAAGGAUUUGCGUCCCCUGGUGAAUCAGCACGGUUCACCAGGACCUGAAAUAGGCUCGUGUCCAGCAACAGCCAAGGAAACUCUUGAAGAAUCUACCUUUGGAGAGAAAAAGUCCAAAGAAGUCCUCAGAGACAUCUCAGGAGAGGCGCUUCUUGUUGAAACUGAAUCCCAGAAAGCAGACCAAGAGGAGAGGGGAGAGCCAUUAGGAGGUGAAGAAGUUACCGAUGUCACCCCAUCCCAGCCUUCUGAAAUUAUCUCCCCGAAAGAAACUGAGCCCAGGGAGGGAGAAGAUUCUGGCCCCGUGCUAGAAACGUCAAAAGACGAUGUGGAAGACAAAGAUGCUCCUUUGGAAGAGACCGUGCCAGAUACGGGAGAACGUCGCACUCCCAAGAAGAAACCUUGUGCCCACGUUGCAGCCGUCAGUUGCGUCCCUCUCCUAAAAGGUCGUAUUGACAGCAAAGACAAGGAAGGGAUUGAAGCUGAGGAAAAGAAACCGAAGAAAUCCUCACCUUCCACUGCCAAAUCCCCAGGCGAUAGACCCUCCAUCCCCCCCCAACGACACACCUCCUCUAGCACAACCCCUUCGAAAACACCCUCCAGCCCUGCUCCCGCCUCUAAACGAGUCUCUUCUGUCACAUCCCGACCUGCCAGUACAGGAAUGCAAGAAACGAAAGCCAAGGGCCCGGAGAUGAGAGGCGGCACGAAGACGGCCACACCGCGGUCUGCGGCCGGGCAGGCUCAGAGGAACUCGACCAACGCCACGCGCAUCCCGGCAAAGACUCCCACGGCCCCCAAGACACCUCCCGGCUCCGGCAGAAAGGAGCAGAAAAAACCACCUCCUGCAGCAGCGAAGUCUGAGAAAGGUGAGCAGCCCAAGUCUGGAGACAGAAGCGGUUACAGCAGU